AUGGUAGAAGGUUACCUGCAGGGCAAAUUUGCCACGGGGCAAAUUCAGCCAAAACUUGAUUCAGCCAUGGGGCAAAUUCAACCCAAACCAGACAUGUUGGUGGUGGGGUUAAUAACAGAGGAGAGAAAGCGCAGGUCUUCCUUCACGGGAAGUCUGAGAUCCCCUUUUGGGGUGGCAGGAGGCCUGCUGGGUAUAUGAGCACAGCACUGUUCUGCAGCUCCCUCCCCAAUCCCUAGAUAAGACUCUAAGCAGGUUUUCUUCAGCUCCAAAUUGUUUAUUUAAGAUUACAUUGAUGGGCCAAGAUCGGUUGCACAGGGCGUGGCAAGGGGGACUCCUUGCAAGGCCUGAUCGUGGCCACAGCGGUCUCAGCAGGCAUGAAAGUGCUUGCUUUCCACCAAUCCAAUAUGUGGGCCUUUUAGCCCAGCAGGAAUGCCAUUUUAUCUGAGAUACCACACCUGCACUCACCUCUGUGCAUGAGCAGAAAUGCAGACGCCUCGUCCUCCCAUGCUCACACUCUUCCUCUGAGGCCACUUUCCCCCCAGAGGAAGACCCAGCUGACCACGCAACAUAACCUUCAACCAUCCCGAUUUGAGUGGGACAGAAUUGCAGAAGCCAUCCCAGCUUUUGAUUGGAUCCUAGAAUGUCCCAUUUUUUGGUCUGGUGCUCUGGUGCAAGAAAGCUGACUCACGCCAGAGCGCCGACCAAAGGAUGCUCGUUUUUUGAUGCCGUGCUUUCAUGCAAAUCAGCUGGUUACCAAGAGAGCUCAGGACCAAAAAAACAAGCAACCCAAUUUUGAUCAGUGGGGUUUUGGAGGGUAUGUAUUGGCCUGGAGAAGGUGGGGGGGGUCACAAAGAUGGGGAUGGGGCAGCCUGAGUCCUCCAGGAAGAGUGGAGGGGACACACAGCAGGCCGGUCCACCCCCCAGGGCAGGACAUUUGGGGUGAACAGUAGCCAGAGUCGGGAAGGGACCUGCCCUUAAAUUGAUCCAGGUUGUGAGUUAGGGCGCAAAGGAGACUCUUUCUCCAUUGUUAAAGUAAGGGAGGGGUGGCAUUCAGGAGUUUGGAAAGGGGACAGGACUCCUGGGUCCCUGAGAGCCACAAUGGAGUGAUUGAGCUGGGAGGGGGGCAGUCAGGGAAGAGGUGGAGGGCAGGGCAGGCUUGGCAGUGGGCCUCAGGCCUCACAGGGCAGGGUGCCAGCCAGGACUCCUGGGUUCUCAAGGAAUUUGAUGGCAGGGAGUGGCACUGAGUGAGUGAGGUCAGCACUUUGGCUUCCUAACGGUGCCGCUGAGUCAUCCUGUGACCUCCGGAUCAGGCCCUUUUCCUCUGAGCCAGUAGCAACUGGCACGCACAGGGGGAGAGUGUGGGCUUAUGUGUUUGCCUCCUCUCCUUCUGCUGUUGACAUGGCAUGACUGGCAGAAAGAACUGGAUGGCCCUCACCUGGGCUCUUGUGGGGCUGGGAAGCUGGCAAGGGGCAGUGGAGGGCAGGGAGCAGCUUUUGCCCACCUGGUGCCUAAAUUUGUUAUUAGACUGGGAAACAAAAGACGAGCUUGUCAAAGCCUCUAUGACACACUGGGCAAUAGAGAUAGGACAUACCAUAUGUUUCCGUGUAUAAGACUAGGUUUUUCCCCUAAGAAAUAAAGUCAAAAAUUAGGGGGCAUCUUAUACAUGGAUACAUCUCCCUCCCCCAUUUUUUAAAAUAUGAGUCCCCCAAAAUAGGGGACGUCUUAUACAUGGGGGCGUCUUAGAAAAAUGCAACGAUAUAGAUUUUAACCUCUAGGGGAAACUCUGGAGGAGCGAUCUAAAGUUUACAGCAUGUUAUUUCCUGAAGGAAAACUACUUGAAAAUGAUUUAUAGGUGGUAUUUAAGUGCGAUUAGACAUGCUAAGAUGUAUAAGACUGAAUCAUUUAAGUGCUGGAGAUGCAAAGAGGUCGAGGGCACGUUCUUUCAUAGGUGGUGGACCUGUAAAAAGGUAAAAGAGUACUGGGAAAUAAUUUAUAAUGAAUUGGAAAAAAUGUUUAAAAGUACUUUUCUUUAAAAACCAGAUGGGGAUAAUUCAGAUUGAAAGGUGUGAAAAAAGAUUAUUUAUGUAUGCCACUAUGGCAGCCCGUGUUUCGUUCGCCCAAAAAUGGAAAACAAGCGAGGUCCCAAUCAAAGAAGAAUGGCAAAAUAAGCUGUUUGAAUAUGCGCAGCUUGCGGACCUAACAUAUGGAAUAAGAGAACAAGAAGAACAUUCGUUUAAAGAAGAUUGGGAAAUGUUUAUUGAAUAUAUGGGGGGGGGAUUGUGUAGGGCAGCAUUAAGAUAAAUUCAACACUGGAAAUAAGUUUUGAUGGAAGUAAUAAUGGGAUGGUUUACACAACAGAACAGUGGCAUAGCGUUGUGGGGGCGAUGGGUGGUUGCCUGAGGCGCAAAAUUGUUAGGGGCACAAAAUUUCAGCACUGGCUGCUGCCUCAAUGCAGCUGUGUGUUGAAAACGGCUUCUCCAUGCGAACCAGGGAGCGACCUCUCCAAACAACCGUUGAAUGCCCCUGCAUGCUCCAGGUGCCACAGAAUGCUUGUUUUCUGCAUUUGUAAGAAUGCCUUUGGAACUCCCUGCCUCAUGGCACCAGGCAGACACCUUCCCUGCACUCUUUUUGGCACCUGCUAAAAACAUUACUGUUUAGACAAGCCUGUCCAGAGGUUUAGAAAUCUGGUGUGAAUCUUAAUCUGUGUUUAGUCUCUUGCCAUUUCAACUUUUGGAACCGUCGAUUUGAUUGCUUUAUCUUGUGUAAACCACUUUGAGGCUUUUUAAACUAUCCCUAGUGGUGUGCAAAUUUUAAAUUAAGCACGCUGGGGGCUGUUGCAAACCUAACAGCAGACAAUUUUAGUGCACUCUCAUGCAAAGCUUCAACCCUCCAGGUUUGCCAUCUCCCUCCUUGCGGCAGCCACUCCUCAUUCCCAACUAAUCCUGGCUUGGCCUGGGUCUCUUUGUCUCUGCCCCGCUUCACUUCUUCUCGGCUCUCAGCGAGGCCCUCUCCUCCCUCCCACGUCACAAAUAUUUCCCACCGAAAUUCAGAUUUAAAAACUUCCCGUUUCCUCUUUCUGGCGAAACCUAUCGCACAAUGCUGCGCUGUGUUGAUCAGAAUUGGCUUGCGCUAGCCAGAGAGGGGCUACCUUUGAGCUGAGGCUUAACUUGCGGGCCGUGCCUCAGCGCCAAAAUAUGUCAGGUAAACACUGAGAAUUGCAUCUGAGAGGAGUGCUGCUCCCUCACGGCUUCGCACACAGCCAAGGCAAAUAGGAAGUGCUUUACUUCCUUCUCAAGACAAGAAAGGCAGGAGGUGAGAAUAAUCCCCCUGUGGCCACCUGGGGAAACUGAGGCACACAACCCCUGCUUCACUUCCAGGUGGGUGCUGGGGCCCCACAAUUUCAGCGGGAGAGACUCUUCCUGACGACUUGUCUUGGUGCACUCUGCGCAUGGUCUCAGGAACAGUGUGUGAACACUAUGCUUUUCUUAAAGCACAUUUCUCUCCCCCCAUCAGAGAGUUCUGGGUGCUGUGGUUCAUUAGGGGCAGCUGUGGGAAUUGUCAUGGGGGGAAGCACAGGGCCUGGAAUUAUUUGAGGAGAGAAAGAAUGCGCCUUAAAUGCGCUGGGAGUACACAGCCUUGGGGUCCAAUCACCAAGAGGGUUGGGCUAGAUGACCCUCUGGCUCCCGACCAACUCUGCAAUUCUAUGAUUCUGUAAGCAAGGAAGCAACAAAGGCUUCUCUUCUAAAACAAGCCUGAACAAGUCUUUUCGCAGCCUAGAAAUUCCUCGUUGCCACUUCCGACCUUUGCGCAUGGGCUGAAUCCUUCUGGCUGCCUUAAGACUUCCAGAGAUACUCUGCAUUAAAUCCCCACAUUCAGCUGCUCCUGAGCUUCACCCCGUGUUGCCCAGUCAGGAAAAGGCCCCCCUCCCUGACUCCAAAAUGGGGGGGGGGGGGCGCAAACAGCCUUUGCCUUAUUUCCCCUGAGCUCUCAAAGCAAGACAAAGCCACAUUCCCCUCCCUGCCCCAAAGGCCUUUGCAAAGAUGCUCAGACAAACCUGCAAGAGGGACUUGGGGGCGCCAAAGACACCCACAAACAAUUGGCAGUGCUGUGAUUACUUUGUACGUUUUUAUUUCCCUGACACCUGAGUGAGCUGGGAGUGGGAGUGUCCCGCUGAAGACCAAGAGGUCUCACUCUGCUCUUGGCUAAGGUGAUGUGCAAAGUGGCGCAGCCCACUCAAGACCCACUCCUCAUUUUUGCAGCGGGUACUGAUCCGGCCUCUUCCUCUCCCUCUUCUUGGUGGGAUCCAGACAGGCCACUUUCACAUCUCAAAGGGGGCAUUGACCACCUGCGCUAGGGAGCCCCCGGUGGACCAGCACCCCCAGAUCUGGCCAGAGAGUUCACCCUGAAAUGGAGCUGCAGACUCUGCUUCUUACACGCCUCACCUGUGAAUGCUGCCGGAGUCACAACACCACACAGAGGCAAAGUCUUCAGGCGCAUUGCAGGGGGCUGGACUGGAUGACCCUUUGAGUCCCUUCCAACUCUACAAUACCGUGAAUCUAUAACAAUGGGAAGAGGAGGAGGCAGCCUUGGAUGUGUACAUGCGAUAGUUUUAAAGCACAUGCAAAGCGUGCGCACACCAAAGAAUUCUGGGCACGUAGUUUGCCAACAGUUCACAGCUGGUUGGACUAGAUGACCCCAUUGGGUCUCCCUUCAAGUCAAUGAUUUGAAGAGUUGCUGGGGAUUGUAACCCUGUGAGGGGAAACCCCAGUGCCCAUAACUCCUUGGGGCGGGAGUAUGUGCUUCAGAGGCCUUAGCGUCAGCUCCGUCUCUGCUCCGCCCCAAAAGAGGGUCUGCUCGUGUGGACGCUGCCGGCGCCCCGGGGGAACCGACGCGCUGCUGCCACCUGCUGGUCGUCGGGGGGACUGUUUGCAGAUUCAGUCCCCUGGGACGUGUGAACUGGCCGGAUGGGGGCGGGGGGGGGAAGAGACGUGGUUGUCGUUUGCGCGCGUGCACGCGCCGGCCGCGCGAUCCCGCUCUGCAAGCCCCGCGCCUCCCCGUAACCGGAUCUUUCUCCCUCCCCUCCCUCCUGCCGGAUUCCAGGCGUCGCCGGCCAAAAAUACCCCCGGGGGGGGGUCCAUCUCUGCCGCCUCCCAGCCCUUGGCGGGUCCCGCUCGCUCCCGCGGCCAGCAGCGCUCCUCUCCGGGCCUCGCCCCGAAGGGGAUCCCGGCCAGGCCCGGGCCAGGCCCGGCUUGCGAGGGGGAGGGGAGUGACGUCAGCGCAGCGCUGUCCACCCGGCGGAGGUGCUGGAGAGAGAGAGCCGGAACUCCUGGGUUCUUUCCUGAGUAGAUGGGGGGGGGCGGGCGGGAGAUAUCUGGAUGCGCGGGCUCCAGGCUGGUGGCCGGAAGGCGCUUUGCACGCGCUCAGAGGCACGCUCGUCCUCCUCCCCUGGAGCUGCCGCGAGGAAGGCCUUGCCGAGGGAGGGGGCCGAGGGGGUGUAUGAGGUCAUGAGAAGGAGAAUUGGGGCGCGUGGCUGGGCGGAAUUUGGAGAGCCCGGACUGUCGGGGUGAAAAUCGGGCCCCAUCCCUGCGAGGAACCGUCAGCCCCCUCCCCUCCGGACCGGACCCUCGGGGCUUGUGGCGCACUUGGCGGGCGGCUGCCGAGCCCUCCUGGAAUCCGCUUCCCAAAGAGGCCGACGGUUCUCGGGUUCUCGGGGUUCGCCGUCGGGGUCCCGGGGUUUCGCACGUGCUGCCUUUGUGAAACAAAACAAAACCAUCGCGAGGGAACUUUUACCGGGGUGGGAGAAGGUCCGUGCUCCCCCUCCAAGGAACCCAAGGCUAAACGGGUGGUCCCAAUUCUGAGACCUACAGAAGAGCAGGAUUGGGGGGGCUGGGGGCCUGGGGCGAAGCUCCAGAAGGCUGGCGUUGCGCACCUUUCGGGCGCUGGCCGGCCGGGGGUCUCCCGUCGGAAGCGGCGCCUGAGGGUCCCCGCACUCCGAUCCCCGACGGGGGGACCCGCAACUUGCCCCACACGUGCCAGGCGGGGACGCGCCCGAAGCCCCGCCCAGGCCCGCCUGCUUGGCUGGAGGGGGCGUCUCCAAGGGGCCCCUGGGCUUCUGCCCCUUCCCCAGCGCGGGAGCGCCCGGCUUAGCCGCUGCCCCCUCCUCCUCCACGGGGAGCCCUGGGCUGGCGGGGGGGGGGGGUGAGGCUCGCGAGAUCUGCCGCCUCUGGCCGCCGCCCGGCGGGGUGGGGAGGCUGGGCCAGCCGGGCGGGGCUGGGGGGCGCCUCUGCUGCUGCCGCUGCUGCUCCUCUCGCCCCCGCCAGCCCGGAGUCGGCAGAGGCAGCGGAGCCAGAAACAGCGGCGCCCUCGUCCUCCUCCUCCUCCUCUUCGGCCCAGGUAAGGGGCAGCUGCUCCCCCCCCCGCCCGGAGGGAGGGGGUCAGUGGAGCGAAGGACACCCCCAAAGGGCUCCCUCCUCGGCCUGGGCGCCUCUGACGCAGACGCCCCACCAUCCCUUCUCCACCCCCCACAAGUCGUGUUUCCCCAAAUCUGGUCCUCUCUCUCUUCCGCAAAAAAAGGCUGGGGCUGGAAAAUGGGGGGGGGGAGGCCUGGAAAAUUACCGCACCCCCUCCCCCCAGGUGGAGGUCGGGGCGCCCGUGACAGGCUGGCGCGUGCCGGGGGGGGCAGGUUCUGACUCUCCCUCCCGGGCCGCUGUUUUCCAAAGUCCCCCCCCCCGCGCGCCGUCCUCGAACGCGCAGCUCCCUCCGGCUCCAGCCCCAUCUUUCCCGAGUCAUCUCCUACCCCGACCCCGCCACCACUUCCCUGUUCCUUGUCUGCCCCCCCAGCUCCGCCCCCCCCCAUUCUCUAUCCCUCUUUCUCCAUCGCCCCUUGCCUGCUCCCCUUCCUCAGCACCUGGCCUGUGUUGUGGGGGCUAUCGAGGACAUCCUGCCUGGGGGUUUUCCGAACCGGGGAGGCGGGGGGCUGAGCAAGGCCAGAAUGUUUCGUUCGUGGGGGGGCUCGUGCUUGGAGGAAACACCUCUGAGAGUGUGUAGAGUGCAUCCCCUACAAAGAUGUAGAGCGUGGAGCUGGAUAUGCAGGGGAGGGGCAUCUUCUGAUGGAAAAUUAUUAGCUGGGGGGCGGAAUCCUGGCUUCUCCCAGGUGGGGUGAGGCUGUCGGGAGAUCCGGCGGAGGUGGGGGCCUGGGAACCUCCGUUGGUGCAAAGAGAGGGAGUCCUCUGCCUGUGCGCCUGCGCAUCCACGCGCGGGGGGGGGGCGCUGUGAGGAGCAGCGGGUGGGUCGCAAUCCAGCCGUGCGCUCAUCCGGAGCCAGAUGCGGCCCUUAAUGCGCUCAGCUGCACUUGGCUGCUGCAGGAGGUGAGGGGGUCCGGCCGGGCGCAUCCCCCCCCCCCGUCACAUCAAGGCUGUCUCUAUGGCCACCUCCCCCUUGUUUGCAAACAGAGCAGCUGCAGGAAUCAAAGGGAGGAAGGAGGGGGAGGGGAGAGCUAUUAAAAGCCUGGCCAGGCUGGGGGGGGCCGCUGGGUGUCCCAGAAGCAUCCAGGCUAAAUCUGCCCCUCUCCCAAAUGCUUGGAAGGAGCCACAGUGGUGGGGAGGGGGAGGCAUGUGCUCCCCCACCCAAGAGCAUCUCAACACUCAGGAGACUUGCCACCCCCAGCCAGACAUGCAGACUCGGUCUCCCACCCCCCAGCGGUGGCCUGAUCCCACCCCCUCCAACAUUUCCCCGAUGAAGAUAGGGACAUCCUAUUCCACAUCCGGAAGCUUCUCCUGCGUUUGAUCUCAUUGCACACACAGAUGUCAUGCGCACACAGACGUCGGUCACCUUGAGCCAAGUGCAACCUCUCCACCUCACCUACCUCGCAGGAUCGUUGUAGGGAGAAAAUGUGUGAGGGGAAGGGAUUGUGUGCAACACUUUCCACAGAUAAAUGGAAAGAAAUAAAAUGUUGGUGGUAAGCUGCCUUGAGUUCCUGUCAGGGAAAAAGGUGAAAUAAUAGUAGAAGAAGAAGAAGUAAAAUAGACUUGAAAGAGAAGUUGCUGAAUUUCAACAUAUUACUAAAAUGAAAACCAUGGAGAGACCUAGUCUGAAUAGAGAUAUUGGAUUCUUGUCUCAUUACAUAUGCUAAAGCUAUUUUUGGUCAUUGCAUACCAUCCCUUGCUUUUUCCUGUAGGACUAAUUGCAGUCGUUAACAGUCCUCAACAGGUUUACCAUACCCAUUGAGUCAAUCACCCAUCUCCCACUACCCUUCUGAGAAAUACCCCACCCCACCUUCCCACUAUAUAUAAGAGUCUGGUGACUUCUGUUUCAGUGUAUCUGAAGAAGUGUGCAUGCACAUGAAAGCUUAUACCCAGAACAAACUUAGUUGGUCUCUAAGGUGCUACUGGACCUUUUUUUUUUUAGUAAUACUAAUAAACGUUGUUUAGUCAUUUAGUCCUGUCCGCCUCUUCGUGACCCCCUGGACCAGAGCACGCCAGGCACUCCUGUCUUCCACUGCUCCCUCAUGCUGGUAGCUUCGAGAACACUGCUUCAGGAUCUGUCCUUCCAGGGGGCACUCAGGGCUGAUUUCCUUCAGAAUGGAGGGGUUUGAUCUUCUUGCAGUCCAUGGGACUCUCAAGAGUCUCCUCCAGCACCAGAAUUCAAAAGCAGCAAUUCUUCGGCGAUCAGCCUUCUUUGUGGUCCAGCUCUCACUUCCAUACAUCACUACUGGGAAAACCAGAGCUUUAACUAUUCGGACCUUUUGAAGAUGCUGUCUAGGUUUGUCAUCACUUUUCUCCCAGUAAUAAAGAUACCAGAGAGUAAAUCCUAAUGAACUCAGUGGGACUUACUUCUGAGUAAAAAUGCUGAGGAUAGCAGCAUCAGGCUCAGUUUACAAUAACAGAAUAAACAGUGCCUGUGUUUCCUAAGAAGCAGCUGGUUGCUUUUUAAUUUUUUUUUUAAGUAACAUUUUAUAAGUUUUCCAAAAACACAAACACAAAAACAAAACAAAACACAAAGAAAAAAGAAAAGAAAAAAGAUCAUACGCAAGUUUUUAAAACCAUAUACUUUUUAGCUGACUUCCCUCCACUUCUUGGUUCCAUUACAUUAAGCUUAUUUAUGCACGUCCGUGGAACCUUAUAUUCUUAGGAAUCCAAUUUUAAAACCACCUUCAUCUUAUUACAAGUUACUUUUAAAAGUUAUACUAAUGUAAAUGUCUAAACACAAGCCGAAUAGAUAUUCUUUGAACAUUUGCCCCUUUUUAAAACUCAAAGUCCUUCUUACUUUGGCUUCAGAUUAACUAAGUUGUCCUGCACAGUUCAAUAGUUUAUUCAAUAGUACAUCUUUAUCUUCUUUGGCGUGGGUUCUUCCUUAGGUAGGAACUGGAUUCUCAAGUACAGGAACAAAGUCUUUCGCUCAAUGAGUCCAUUGAGUCCUGUCCAUCUCCAUAUCAUCACUUUGAUUUUUUUUAACAUUAAUCAUUUCCCACAUACUCUUCAAAUCUUUAUACGUCUUUUCCCAGGCCUUUUAAAUAAAUUACACACAUUGCCACCACAAAUAGUAACCCCUUACGCAUUUUGUCCUCCCUUCCUACUUCUUCUCUAUCAUGGUCAAAGCCUCCCAAAUCUUUUCACAUAUACCAUUUUUGUCUUGUACUCCUCUUACUUUCCCUUGUAUUUUCCUCAAACCUCAUCCCUCCACCAUUUCCACCUUGGUGGUUUGUGUAUUCGCCUCUUUUAAUUGUCUCACAGCCUCUGCAAGUAAGUUAUUAUUUUUACAAAUUUGAGAAGCUGCCUUAUGAACGUCUUCUUUUACCUGAUCAAACAAUUCUCUUUUCAUUUCGGAAAGAAAACCAUACAAUUCAUCUCUUCUAAAAGAACAUAAGAAGUGGCUGUCUGCCGAAUCAUCACAAUUAAAGAAUUUAAGGCAGGUUGGCAACAUUUCCCUUCAAAAUUAUAGGAAAGGCUUCAUACGCCAGCAUCACUAUUUUUUUAAUCUGGUGCAGGAAUUUUAUUUUCAGUUCAAACAAGACUCUGUUUUUGCAUCUACACACCACUUCCAAUUGUCCUCUGAGAUAAGGAGGGGAGGGGGAAAGGGACAUUCCAGGAUCAAAUCAGUAACCGGGAUGACUUCUGUCAUUCUGGGACUGUUCCUGGAAAGUCAGGAAACUUGGAAGGUAUGUGAUCCUGUUCCUUGCGUAGGAAGUAAACACCUCCCAUCCUUAAGCUUGACCCCUCUUGCAGCAGCACAACUUCCGCAGGGACAGGCAGAGUCUCUUUCCUGUUUGCCCCCCACCCCCUGAGAAAGAGGAUUUCCCCGCUGUGUUUACAGAAAGCCCUUCCUCUUCCACUCUUAGCCUGGGCUGAGAUGGAGACGCUCCAGGGAUUCGUUCCAGAAUCUCAAUGUCUGGAAUAUGUAUAGCAAUGCCAGGUUGCCUCUGGGCAUGUGCAGAGCACUUUGCCCUCAGGGAACAGGAGCCAGCCCCCACUCCACGCUCUUCUAGGCUGUAGGCAGGUUUGGCUUCCAAAGCAAAACUCUGUAGGAGCUCAUUAGCUGGAGCGAGCUAAUUUAAGGGGAUCCACCUGGUUAGGCUGUUCUCUCGAAGACAAGUGGGUGGGUGGCUUUCUGUCAAUCUCAAAGUAACUGAAACACUGCCUUGGUUGUAAGAAAGACUGUAAGCAGAGCUGGAUCAGGCCAAAGGAGGCCCACCUAGUCCUGUUCUCACAGUGGGAAUCUAGACAAACUGCCUCUGGACUUGGAGCUUCCACAGGAACAUAAGAAGUGCCUGUUGGAUCAGGCCAAAGGGGACCCAUCGAGUCCAGCAUUCUGUCCUCACAGUGGCUGAAGGAGAUGCCCCAAGACAACGCAGGAGCUGGGGCCCCAUAGCAAGUGACAUUUGGGGCAUGGUGCCCCCAAUACGGGAGGCAGUACAUAGCCAUGAUGGCUAAUAGCCCUCCCUCCAUGAAUGUCCCCCAUCCGCUCUUAAACUGGCAGACAACACUAUAUUAGGAAGAACUUUCCGACAGCAAGAGCAAUUUGAUGACGGAACAGACGCCUUGGGAAGGUGCUGGACUUUCUCCUUCAUCAUAAGCUCUUAAGCAAAGUCAGAUGGCCGUUGAGCAGAAAUUGUUUAGCUGGGAUUCCUGCAUUGCAGGGGGUUGGGCUAGAUGACCCCCGGGGUCCCUUCCAACCCUGCAGUCCUCUGAUCUUCUGGAAUUCCAUCAUUUUCCUGACAUGCUUAAGAGGCCCUCAUCUGAUCUGUCCUCCAUCUCCCAGAUUCCGUCCAACCCACACAUGAAAGGGCCUCUUUCACGCACCCGAUUCUAAAAAAUUCCAGCCUCGUCAAGAAUGCCAGCAAACACUAAUGAAACUAAAGGAAUGAGGGGAAGGCAAGCCUUGAGCAUUCACAUCCCAGCUCCCUUCCCACAUUUCACAAACACACAUCCAUGCUCCAAAGUCGGAUCAUUUCCCCCCUAUUGCCUUUUGAUGCUGGGGCUUUGGUGAGGUCCCAGCGAGGGAGGAGCUGCAGACAUGUGAGACAGCACCCAAGAAGGCCUCAUCCUGAACACCAGGUGUCCUUAAUGUGGCUCAGAGGUGGCGUGUGGCCAAAAUGGAACCCAUCAGAGAACAGCCACGAGGGACAAGGAGGCGUUUGCUCGGCAGUUCCAGUGUCAUGCUUGUGAUUUCCUGUUGUGAGAAUCAGAUGAAAGCAACACACUCUGCAACCUGCCUUGGGGCCAGGCGGCUUGGAAGAGCCUGUCUCCCUUUAUGAACCUGCCCUGGGUGCUAAGACCCUCGGGAAACACCUUCUGUUGGUCCCACCAACAUCAGAGUCACAGCCGGUGGUGGAAGGAGACAGAGAGAGCCUUUUCUGUCUGCUCCCAGAUUGUGGCAUUCCCUCCCAAGAAAGACCAGACUGGCUCCCUCCUUCAUUUCCUUUGGAAACUAAGGUGCACUGCACUGUUAAUUGCUGGUUCUAAAUGUGCUUUGGUGUAUUUUAAUUCCUAUUUUUAAUUCCUAUUGCUUUAGUCGUCCUGUCUCCUCUCCUUGAAAGUUCACUGUCUUUACCUCCCCCUCCCAGGCAGCCUCCUUUAUUGCUGGCGUCCCUUAUCUCCCUCCCCGAUCGCUUGCCGAUUAGCAGAUUUGUUGAAACAAAGCUUUUUUAUUUCAAAAAAAGCAUGAUCUGCUUUUUGCCCCUGGGCAAUUCAGCUCUAGGGACCACGCAUUCGCUCCAUAAGACGCACAGACAUUUCCCCUUACUUUUUAGGAAGAAAAAAGUGUGUCUUAUGGAGCGAAAAAUACGGUACCUUGUUUUCACAACUUUGAUCCCCCAUUUGGAAAAGGAACAAAAAACAUUGGCAAUACAGUCAAACCUCGGCUCCUGAACGCCUCUGUUUUGGAACGUUUCAGCUCCCGAACACUGAAAACCCAGAAGUAACUGCUCCAGUUUUCAAAAGCCAAAUGGCUUCUGGGGAGGUUUUUUCUUUUUUCUUUUUAAAUAAUAUUUAUUGCUUUUAUACCUUACAAAAAGAAAAAGGAAAAAAGAAGAAAGACAAGAAGAGAAAAAGAAGGGAAAAAAGCAAAAGAGAAAACAGUACAAUACAAUAUAUAAACAAUACAGAAUGCAACAUUGACAUUAACACAUUAACCAAAUAAGAACAAAAACAAUUCAAAAAAACACACACCAUACCAUUUCAAUAUCCUCUCUUUCAUUCCCUUGUUUCAUCAACCUCCUCUCACCUCCCUUUUUGUAUUCCAUUUCUAUUAAUUGUUUCAGCAAAUCCUUUCCAUCUUUCUCUAUUUUCUGUCAUAUAAUUAUCUUAGCAUAUUUUAACCUUAUUUUCCAUUAAUACUAUAAUACUUAUUUAUACUUAAUUACUUAAGAUAUUUCUACUAAAGCCAUAUAAUUCACUUCCAACAUUUUUCUAACACUCAUUAAUUUUACAUUAUUUCCAUAUAUAGGUUUUAAACUUUUUCCAAUAUUCUUCCACCGUCUCUUUUCCCUGGUCUCGGGUUCUGCCAGUCAUUUCCGUCAAUUCCGAAUAGCCCAUCAACCUGGUGAUCUUCUGUCUCUUAACUCUUUUCCAAGUCCCUUCUGCAGGUCUUCUUCAUAUUUAUACAUGCACUUUACUUUGUCUUCUCCUGAUCUUGUUCUUAUUUUCCUUCCUUUGAUGCUGAGAAGUAGAUCUCCGGGGAAUUCCCAUCUAGCAAUGUUUUUAUUCCUUCCCAACAAGUCAACCAAAUCUCCAUAAUUAAAACUGAAAUUCAAAAGAUAUUUCCAAUCGUGUUCCAAAGUUCCUCCGAGUCUGGCAGUCCCCACAACUCCAAUCUCCUUUUGACCCAAGUCCGGGUCCCAGAGGUCAAUCUCCAUUCCAAUUCCAAGCGGGGCUCCAAUCCUAGAAAUCUGACUUUCUCUAGAUUCAGUCUUGGAAGGCAUCAACUUAUAGUCAUCCAAUUGCAACUGAAAGGCUGGAGCUCUCUGCCUCACCACUUGUGCCACUUUAGGUUCCACAACGAAAACUUUCUCCCCUGCCUUCUCCUCGAUUUGCCAUGUCGAAAUAGAUCCCUGUAUCGAUUCCUGAGUAAUUUCUGUAUUAAUAUUGACUUUUUGUGCCAAAUUAGUCACUUUUUGUUCCAAGUUAUCAAUUUUUAUAGUCCUCGCAUCCGUCUUCUUGAAAAGCUGUUCCAGUGAGUCGUUAAUCUUGCAAAAUGCAACCACUAAGGCUUCUUCUGUCAACAUUCUUAACAAGUCAAGGUCAAAUCCAAUUUCUCACAGUUUUUAUCUUGCAGAUGGAAAAUUCCCCCAGCUCAGCUCUUGUAACAAUUUCAAAGGCUUCCGGACUUCCGGGUUAGCGCCAUCAGCGAAUGGCGGAGUUCCUCCGACUGGAGGAACUGGCUCCGUGGAAACUGGGUCUUCCCGCCGCGGCGAAGGUGGGGGCCCGCUAGAAAUCCCAGGCGGAGGAAGCCUGGGAACAUGGGGUUCGGCAGGGCACCAGGAGCACCUCCCCUACUCAUGGGGAACCCCAUUUCGGGGGUCCGGAGUGAAGUGGGGUGAGCGGCGCGGUGCUGCGAACUGAUUGCUACUUUCACGGAGUGAAGCCGCAUAGCCAUUGCCGGAGAGCGCUGACUUUUUCCUGUGGAUAAUUGGAUUUAAAACAAGUACCCGUGAGUAGAAACGGAAAAUUGGAUCAAGAAAUAUCCUAAUUUGGCACCGAAGCGGGAAGGUUCAAAACAGGAAGUCCGCCUUCCGCUUUUUGUAUAUAGACUGAAGCAAAAACCUUGUAAGCUAAAGCCUGGAAAGUCGUUUAUAAAAGUCUAAAUUUCCUUCAUUUAUAACCACUAAAACCCCCUUGGAAGCAGGAGAAAAGGGGGGGGACUUUGUUUAAGCCUGCAGGAGGGAGAGGGAGUAAAGAAAGACAAGUUUCCACCGUCUCAAAUCUGGGAACGGGGUGUCAGAGACAGAAAUUGUUAGAGAUGUUCAUUGACUGUGAAUGGAACACUUUGACAGAUAGCUAAAAAAGAGAAAUAAACUGAUUCCACUGUUGCCUUUUGCAUUCUAAAGAAACAAAAUAUCUGAAAAAUGAAAGUAAUUUUCCUUUGUUGGACUUGCCUUAAAAAGAUGGAUACAAAUAGAAAUUGUCUCCUCUAGAGGGAGCUUGUUAAAUUGUUGCUGCAGUCUACUUGAGGACUAGACAGCUGUGAGAUUAAGAUCGUGGGACCAGUCCCUUUGACCUUGGACAAAAUGUGCUGGGAGGAAGUUUUGGUGCUUGCUUUAUGCAAGACAAGUGCUUUGUUGGAACAGAUGCAUGAGAAGAUGGAUUUGAUGAAUGAGAAAACGGAUUUGAUGACUGUUGUGGUCAAUAACUGUGGACAAACAGGGAAUACUGAUACAGAAACCAUUCAGGGACCAACUCAGGAACCUGUAUUGAUUGGGCAAGUGCAAGUGCAGAAGAUAAUGGAGGAGGUUGCGGUUGCACCUCAAAUAAUUCAAAUGGAGAGAUCCGAGGCCCUGCAGGAGCAUAAGCCGCUGUUUUUGAAGAUUGAAGUUGGAGUGGGCCAGGGGGAGUCUGGAGCUGAGGAGGUUCUUUACUUCGGAGGGACUUUGAAAUAUGCUCUUAAAUACUCUUUGGAUUACAUUGAUGACUGUGGGGAGUGGGACUGUGGGGAAUGGGCUGGUUUGAUGAAGGGAGAUGGAGAUAACUUUGGGCUGGAACCUCCCAGAGACCUACUCCUCAAUGAGAAAGGAAAGAAAUUAAGAAAGAGACUAACAAAAGACAAGGAAAAGUGCAGGUAUAAACAAGAAGAAGAAGAUCUGCAGAAGGGACAUGGAAGAGACUUAAGAGCUUCGGACAUAAGAUUGCCAGGUUGAUGGACUAGAUGGAAUGGACAGUAAGGACUGACAUAACCCGAGACCAGGAAGAAGAGACGUUGGAUGAAGAUUGGAAGAAAGUUCUUAAAAAUUUAUUUCAAGAAUUAGUGUAAAAUUAAUGAGUAUUAGGAAAAAUGUUGGAAUGAAACUAUUUGGCUUUAAUAGAAAAGAUAUAAGGAGUUAUGUAUAAAUAAGUAUUAAGUUUUAAGGUAUUUUAUGGUAAGAUAAGGUUAAAAUAAAUUAAGGUAAAUUGAAUGACAGAAUAUAGUGAAAGAUGGAAAGGAUUUGCUGAGUUAAUUAAUAGGUUAAAUUAUUAAGAUAAUUUAAUAAAAAUUGAGAAAGAUGGAAAGAAUUUGCUGAAAUAAUUAAUUAAACUAGAAUACAAAAAGGGAGGUGUGAGGAGGUCAAUGAAACAAGCAAAUGGAAGUUAAAGAUAUGCAAUAUGGGAUUUGCAUAUUUUUUUUUUGUAUUGUUGUAUUGGUUUUUAUGUUUUGUUUUGUUUUUCUUCUUCUUUUUUAUGUAUUGUAGUGUUGUUUUCUAUUUUUUCUUUUUUUCUGUAAUCCUGAAACUUUUAAUAAAUAUUAUUAUAAAAAAAAAAAACCAAUUUCAAAGGCUUCCUCUAGGGGGAAACAGUUUCUAUUUGUAUCAAUCCUUUUAAGCACAGUUCAAACAAUAAAGUUAGUUUCAAUUUUCAGUUACUUUUACUCCUUUUUAAACGCAGAAGGAGACAAUGAAAACAAGAUAUUUCCCUUCUUUAACUUACUGUCAGCAGACAAUCUAUUCACAGUCAAUGAGCAUAUCCAAAACUUCAAUGCUUACUAGCAGCCCGUUUCCAGGUUCAGAGCAGUGGUAAUUUGACUUUCUUCACUCUGUCCUGCAGGCUUACACGAUCUUAAAUCUCCCCCCUCUUCUCCUGCUUCCAAGGGGGGUUUAGUGAUUUAACCGAUGGAAGUUUGAUCUUUUAUGAGAAACUUUCCAAGGCUUUAGUUUGCAGCCUCUUUGCUUCAAUCUAUUUACAAAAGGGGGAGGCGGACUUCCUGUUUGAAACCUCCCCGUUUCGGUGCCAAAUUAAGACAUUUAAAAAUCCAAUUUUCCGUUCUACUCACAGGUAGUUGUUUUAAGAUCAAAUUGUCCACAGGAAAAAGUCAGCGCUCUCCUGCAACAGCAAUGCGGCUUCACUCCGUGAAAAAAGCAGUCAAUUCAAAGCACCGCGCCACUCACCCCCACCUCGCUCCGGAUCCCCGAAACCGGGUUUCCCCGCGAGUAGGGGGUGCGCAAAAAGUGCCAGCCGAAUCCCACGUCCACAAGCCUCUCCCGUCUGUGGUUUUUGAUGGGUCUCCGCCUUCGCCGUGGCAGCCAGACCCUGAUUUCCACGGAGCGGAUUCCUCCCGAUCAGAGGAAUCCAGCCAUUGCCGGAGGCGCCUCCCCGGAAGUCCCCCCCCCCUUUUUCCUCUAUUGACUUUGCUGAUCGCCCUUUGAACCUUGAUUGUCGAACGUUUCGGAAGUCGAACGGUCUUCCAGAACGGAUUCCAUUCGACAACUGAGGUUUGACUGUAUCAGGAUCACAGACCCAGUUUCUUUCAAACUAGGAGAGGAAACACAAACACACACCCCAUUGUGGUCCUUUAGCCCCAUACUGACCACAAACCAAUUAUCAAGAGUCUCUCGAAAGCCCUCCAAAACUACUUUAAAGACAAUGACGUAGACAACAUAACAACCCUUCUCCUCUGGGACGCCAUGAAAGCAGUCACCAAAGGAGGUUGUAUAAAAGGAAAGGCAUCCCUUAAAAAACAAACCUCAAAAAGUAAUUAUGAGAGCCACCUUGAAUCCCACCUUGUAAGACAAGCUGGAUACAAAUAUAUGAAAUCAUUAUCAUUGACUCAUAGAAUUGCUGAUGGUCAACAGUUGACUCUCUUUCCACUGAAGGCCCCCAACAUGUGAUCACAUCUCACAGUGCACGGAGCGCAUCAGCGAGGGCCAUGUGCCUGGAGCUGUGCCAAGACCAGCUUCUGGCCCUUAUUUCUGAAGGUGCUAUGAGCACCUUGUCUUCCCCUGCUGCUCCUGAUCUCAUCCUGUCCUCCCCGGAGUUUGCAGUCCCUCCUUCUUUUGUAUCAUCUGGAGUAAUGUGUAGGCCAGAAGCAGACUUGCAGGCGAGAAACCAGGCUCCAAAUUCUGAACCACGAAAAACCAGAUUCUGUAAUCAUGUGCUUGCUCAGCUUUUGCUAGCCAGGGAAGUCGAGAGGGGCUGCUUUGCAAAGACUCAGAGAGCUCUGCAUGCAGGAAAAUGCUCUUCUUGAGCCCAGCCAAGGAUAAGCCUCUAAUAAAGGCUUCCAAGAGCAAACCACAAAUAUCACCUCUUUGGCUUGCUUCCUUUUGGUGGGUGGAGCUGGAUAAGGUACAGGAAGGGAGUUGUAGGGGUAUCGAGAGGGAGCAGUGACCCUAAAACAAGGGUCAGCAAAUUUUUCAGCAAGGGGCCGGUCCACCGUCCCUCAGACCUUGUGGGGGGCCGGACUACAUUUUGAAAAAAAUAAUGAACGAAUUCCUAUGCUCCACAAAUAACCCAGAGAUGCAUUUUAAAUAAAAGGACACAUUCUACUCAUGUAAAAACACCCUGAUUCCCAGACCGUCCAUGGGCCGGAUUUAGAAGGCGAUUGGGCCGGAUCCAGCCCCCGGGACUUAGGUUGCCUACCCAUGCCCUAAAACCUGACAUUUUUAAGCCAUGACUAUUGGGAGGCGAGAAUGACACGUUUCAGAAGCAGCUCCUCUAGUCCCCGGAAGCAUUUUAUGAUAUUCUUAGAAAAAGGCUCAGGGGAAGCCAGCUGAGACCCCUGCACGUGGCAGCUGGUGGAUCUUGCAGAGUUGCCCAGCGCCUGCUCUAAGGACCACCCGCCUGUCUGUCUCUGCCACCCCAUCCCUGCGGGCUACACGUGGCAUUGGGCUGAAGGGUGCAUGGAGCCCACAAGACACAGGUUCCCCAGCCCAGGAUUACAGAACUAUGGAAAUGCACCCGUUUCUGCAUGCCCCACAUCCUUGCCAUGCAGCCUCCAAGUACAGGCUCCUGGGAGGCAGUGGGCCUCCUACCCCCGGGCCCAGCCAGCUCCGGGGAUUGCACCGGAGACCUUCAGCCCGCAAGGCAUGUGCUGUUGCCACUCAGUGAGAAGGCCCAUCUUGCCCCCCUCCCUUCCUUCUGCUGUUUAUUUACUUAUCAAGUCUGCAGAUGACACAAAACAGGGAGGGGCUGCAUGCACUUCUGGAGGACGGGAUUAGAAGGCAACGUGAUGAGAGUAGCAAGAAAGGAGAGCAGGACAGUGAGGUGUGACAAUGAGGUUCGGGGAAGACAAACGGAAGCAGCAGAGCCAGGAGAGACAAGGCAGGUGAGAGGGGCAGGAGCAACUUCUGCCAAAUUCCUUUGGGGUGCCUCAUCAACAGGUGGCACCCUCCCGAUGCUGCUGGGGGGCUGCAACUCCCACUAUCCCUGGCCAGCCUGGGGACACUUUUUUGGGGGGGGUGUCAUAAUCCAUAGCACCUGGAAGGCUUGAGGGUGGCAGAGGUCAAGGCUGCAGUCCUCAAGAAAGUGUUAAGGGCAGGGGGCAAGGAGCAGCACCCCCUCCUCAAAAGAGGCAGGGAAAUGAGGAGGAGGGGAGGAAGAGAAAGACGGAAGCAGGGGUUGGGCUAGAUGACCCUUUGGGUCCCUUUCAAUGCUGCUGUUCAAUUUUUCAGUGUCUGACUGGCAGCCGAGACAGGAGACACCUUUCUCCGAAAAGCAGGCGGGGAGCUCUCUCUGGGGCACAGACAGGGUGAGGGGCCUCCAACUGCCCCUGAUUCCAGCUCCUAUUUCAACUUUGGGGUGGGAGUCACAGGAGGGGAGGGAGGGAAGUGUCUCCUUCCCUGCUGAACUGCAGGAGCGAUGGGGGGGGGUGCCAGCGUGAGCCCUGGCACUCGGAUGACGGGUUUCAGUUUCCACUUGCUAAUCCUUGGGCAGGAGACGCAUUAGUUCCGGCCGGAGGGUUUCCUGACAGGCGCAUGACGAGUGAUGCAGAUGGCACUGUCAGGGAGACUGACCCCCCCAUCUCCUGUCAUCCGUCCCCCCCCCAGUCAAAAGCCACAACAGAGACAUUCUGCUGCAGCAGAUCAACACCCAAAUGCAAAAAAGGCUGUCAUUGCAAACCUGGCUGCAUCCUGGCAGGAAGACAGGGGUAUUUUGCUCUGUGUCCCCCCCCCCUCGUGCCCCUGCUGGGAGAAGGGGAAACAAGUGUCCAUUUUAUGUGCAAUGCCCCCCCAAAAAAACUCUAGGAACCAGACCAGCGUUGCCUCCCCAGCAGCCACAGGAGGGCUGAUUCUGCCCUCCGCAAAAGGGGCACACAUAUGCCCUCACCCCACCUGCCAGAGCAUCAGGAUACCUAAUGGGUCAGAGCAAAUGAUUCUACCCCCCCACCCCACCCCAUGUACACACUCCCCCCCCCCCGUCUCCCCAUAUCACACACAGCCAGCUGGUUUAUUUUUGACUCGGGUUCUUUUAAUAGCCGAGCAGCUGCUGGGAGGACAUCCCAGAAUAGAAACUGCACAUCCGAAUCCCACCCCACAUAACGCACACUUGGGGUCUCCAUUACACUCCUUCCCUGGCCCCACAUGGAACGGUGACCCCACCUCUAAGGUCCACAGGGGAGAAUUUGGGUGGUAAUAUAUAUAUUUUUUGAAAACCCUCUUCUGAUCCACAAGGAAGCACAGGGACUUCCAGUGAGUUCACAGAACUGCAGAGCUGGAAGGGGACCCUGAGGGUCAUCCAGCCCACCCCCCUGCAAUGCAAGCUCUGCUUGAAGACCUCCAAGGAAGGAGAGUCCGCCACCUCCUCAGGGAGCCCAUUUCACUGUCAUGCAGCUCUUGCCACCAGAAAGAUCUUCCUGACGUUGAGUCUCCUUUCUUGUAACUUGAAGCUGUGGGUUCGAGUCCUCACACAGAUUUGCAUUAACAUUGCGAUAUCAGCAGUUUUAUUUCCAGCUCAUUUCCUAAUGAUCCCUAGCAUGGAAUUCGCCUUUUUCUCCACACACAAGGUCAACAUCUUCGUUGAGGGGAAAGGGGCUUGGCUCCGUGGUUAGGCCUGGGAGAGACCCACUGGCGCAGGGAUCCAUGGUCUGACUCUGUACAAUGCCUAUGAGAAAUCCCCUCACAUUCCUGGGCUGUCUUUCUUCUUCUUUGGUGAUCACUCAUUUCUCCCUUGCGUCCUGAGUUCGAGUGUCUUCAACGCCCACAACACCUUUGGUCAAGGCUGCUCUCCAACUGGAGCCCUCGCAGGCCAGUGUUUCCCAGUUGUCGGUGUUUAUACUGCAUUUUUUUACAUUUGCCUUGAGAGAAUCUUUAAUCCUCUUUUGUUGACCACCAGAGGGGAAAGCAGGCUUUACAAUAAAUAUAGAAUAAUAAUCAAAAUCCUAAUACUAAUACACCGAGGGGUUGCUCAGAGAUUCCUUCCAGGUAACCUUCAGGUCCUGCUUCCCCAGCGUCCAUCUGAGGGGCUUGAGGCGUCUGGGGAAGAGUAAACCUAAGGAGCACCAGGACUGGAAGCUGAGGAAAUCUUAAUCUAUUUCAGCAUUUCAACUUUUGUAUGUUUCGAAGUACACUUGUGAAUCUCUGUUUUACUGCUUUCUCCUUUGUAAACUGCUUCGAGGGUUCUUGUUAUUUUUUGCAAUCAAGCGGUGUGUAGGUAUAAAUGAAUAAAAUAAAUGGGUUGUUCCUGAGGAGAUGCUUUUCCUCCUCCGAAAUGAGACUCUUUCCUCAGAACGGGGACCCUUUUUCUCCUCAGAAGAGGCCGGGAUAUGAAGAGACGGAGCAGAGGCCAAGGAGGAGCCGGCCUCCCUCCUCCCUCCUCCCUCCGCCUGAGGCCUUUUCCCGCCUUUUUCUUCCCCUCAGAAAGUGCCAGAAGAGCGGCCCCUCCCCCUCUCUCCUCAGGCAAUGGAGGCGACAUCCCUUGCUCCCUCAGGAGGAUUUUCUUUCCGUAAUGGGGAUUCCAAAGGGUCUUUCUUGUCCUCUUCCUCAGGGGCAACUUACUUACUUCAUGACAUUUAUAUGCUCUUGAUUGUGAGGUGUGUGUGUGGCAGUUUGGGAACAAGGAGGUUAGGCCCUCAUAUCCAUAUGUCAACUUACAGAUUUGAAAAUAAGGGACCAGCAGCCAAAAUAAGGGAUCAACAAUUACUUUGAUAAAAUACAUAUUUUGUUGCAUGCAAAUGGCUUUAGAUACCUAUUAGGUCCAUAAAUUACCAUAUAGCAUAUAUUCAACACAAAAAAAGGAACAAUUUGUUGUUGACAAAGGACAGCUGGACAUAGAAAGGGCCCCGUUCCCUUCAGUAGCUUAUUUAAGAGACAUCAUCAAUAAGGGACAGCAGCGGGACAUGGCGCUGGGAUAAGGGACUGUCCCACCAAAUAAGGGACGCUUGACAGCUAUGCUCAUAUCCGGAGGCCUCCCAAACAGCCACAGUUUGAAAUCCAUUAAUUCAUGUACUGUAUUUUUCCAUGUAUAAGACACCCCCUACGUUUGGGGACCCCAAAUUUAGAAAAUGGGCAUAGGCACUUUCCGUGUAUAAGACGCCCCCAGAUUUGUAACCUUAUUUUAAAGUAAAAAAAAAAACCCAGUCUUAUACACGGAAAAGUACGGUAAUUCCCUCAGGUGCCUAUGAGGAGUUUUAGGGGGUCCCUGGCCAGAGGAUGCCUUGGGAUUCCCCUCCGGAUUUGGCAAGCAUGGCUUCCUCUUAGCACAUUUCUCCCUUGCGUGCUGAAUUUGAGUGUCUUCCAAGCCCAGGACACCUUUGGUCAAGGCUGUUCUCCAACUGGAGCGCUCACAGGCCAGUGUUUCCCAGUUGUCUGUGUUUAUACUACAUUUUUUUAGAUUUGCCUUGAGACAGUCUUUAAACCUCUUUUGUUGACCACCAACAUUACGCUUUCCAUUUUUAAGUUUGGAAUAGAGCAGUUGCUUUGGAAGACGAUCAUCAGGCAUCCGCCCAACAUGGCCAGUCCAACAAAGUUGAUGUUGAAGAAUCAUUGCUUCAACACUGGUGAUCUUUGCUUCUUCCAGUCCCCUGGCAUUAGUUCGCCUGUCUUCCCAAGUGAUGUGUAAAAUUUAUAAGUGGUCCAUGUUUCACGUGCAUACAGUAAGGUUGGUAGUACAAUAGCUUUGUAAACAAGCAUUUUGGUUUCCCUGCGAAUGUCCUGGUCCUCAAUCGGAAGAAAGCCGCACUCGCAGAGCUCAGGCGAUGCUGGAUUUCGGCAUCAGUGUCAGCCCUUGUGGAACGAUAACUGCCCACGUAGAAGUGGUUGACAUUUUCCAACGCUGCACCACUGAGUCGGAUUUGUGGCACUGCAGAGGGGUUGUUUUGUUCUUGUUGGUGCAGCACUUUGGUUUUUUUGCAUGUUGAGUGACAGGCCAAGCUUUUUGUAAGCUUCUGCGAAAAUAUUUAGGAUGGUUUGGAGGUCAUCCUCUGAGCGUGCGCACACUACGUUGUCAUCGCAUACUGAAGCUCUAUGACGGAAGUUACGGUAACCUUACUCUUUGCUUUCAGCCUGCUUUCCAUCUGUUCGAUAUAUGAUUUCUACCCUAUUGUGGAGUUUCCCUUCAACAAAGUGUAGAAUCAUGGCAAUGAAAAUAAUGAAUAGAGUUGAGGUGAUAACACAUCCCUGUUUAAUACCCAAUCGCACUGUGAAUUUUCACUUUGAGAGCCAUAUGUUAUGGAUUGUUCCUGUCAUAUUAUCAUGGAGGAGCCGAAUGAUAUUCACAAAUUUAUCUGGGCAGCCAAUUUUUAAAAGGACAGUUCACAGGGCAGUAUGAUUUACAGUGUCAAAGGCCUUAGUCAGGUCAAUAAACGCUAUAUACAGGGGUUGGUUUUGCUCUCUGCAUUUUUCUUAAAGCUGUUGAGCAGUGAAAAUCAUAUCCACUGUCCCUAGAAGGCUGAAAGCCAUUUUGGGAUUCAGGAAAGGUGUCCUCAGAUAUAGUUAGGAGACAGUUUGCUAAGAUCCUUGCAAGAAUUUUGCCAUCCGUAGAGAAUAAAGAGAAGCCUCAAUAGUUUCCACAAUCUGUUCUAUCACCUUUUCUAAAGAUUUUGAUAAUUUUGGCAUCUCUAAAUCUGCUGGGAUCUCCUCUCAGAUUUCUUCGAUGAGCUUGUGAAGUUGUUGUGUAAGUUCAAUUCCACCCACUUUGAAGACUUCAGCAGGAAUCCCAUCAGGUCCGCUGGCUUCGUUGUUUUUCAUUUGGUUAAUAGCUGUACACAGCUCUCCCAGAUUUGGAGAUACUGCAAGCUCAUCUCUAAUUUGUUAAAGCACUUGCUCUCCAGGUAGGCCUGGAUGGAUCCCACUGCCUGAUAGAUCUGUGGUCUGGCUCUGUACAAUGCAGCUGCCUACGAGCAAUCCCCUCUCAUUCCUGACCCCGGGAGCAUAUACAUGGAAUAUAUUUUUGCCGUGAUCUGCAUCACUCAUGCUUGCUUACUGUAUUUUCGCUCCAUAAGACGCACUUUUUUCUUCCUAAAAAGUAAGGGGAAAUGUCUGUGCAUCUUAUGGAGCAUAUGAGCCGAAUUGCCCAGGAGCAAAAAGCAGAUCGUGUUUUUUUGUUUUUUUUUUAAGAGGGAAGUGGGUGUUGAAACAAAGCCACUGACUGUUUGCCGAUCGGGGAGAGAGAUAAGGGACACUAGAGAUAAAGGAGGCUGCCUGGGAGGAGGGAGGUAAAGACAGCAAACUUGCAAGGAGAGGAGACAGGAAGGCUAAAGCAAUGAGAGAGAAAGUAGAAGAAAAGGAGGAGCAAAAAACUGUUGCAGCUAAGGAAAAGACACUAAGGCAAACAAAAGGGAAGUGGGUAUUGAAAGGAAGCAGCUGAUCGGUGGGAUCGGAAGAGACAGAUAAGGGACGCUAGCGAUAAAGGAGGCUGCCUGGGAGGGGGGAGGUAAAAGCCCAUGGAUCCUCAGGAUUUUAGCAUUGGGUCACCCCAAAUUCACCACCAGAUCACAUAGCAUGUCCAUGGCUACAGCCUGCACCAAAAACAUCAUACAUCCACUGUUUCGUUCAGAAUUUUUUUUUUCCCUUGUUUUCCUUCUCAAAAACUGGGUGCGUCUUAUGGUCAGGUGCGUCUUAUGGAGCGAGAAAUACAGGUACAUUGAAUUGCAUCUGACAUCUUGACCCCAUUAUUUGAGCAGUCCUUAAGCAAUUUGGUAUCACCAGCAAACCUGGCGGCUUCGCUCUCUAUGUGUCUUAUGAGCAAACCCCCAGCGGAGGAUUUUAAGCAGAGAGUUGGUUGGCCAUCUGUUGAGGUUAGCUAAGAUUCCUGCCUUGCAGUGGACUGGACUAGAUGACCGCUGGGGGUCUCUUCCAACCCUACAAUUCUGCAAUUCUAUGAUUCAUCCCAAUAUCAAAUCCUGGGGGACUCCACGCUCUCUGGAGAAAUGCCCUAUUUAUUCCUAUUUUCUGCUUCCUGUUUCUUAGCCAGUCACUGAUCCGUAGCAGAGCCUCUCCUCUCCUCCCACGACUGCUAACCUUUCUCAGCAGCCUUUGGAGAGGCACUUAAGCAAAGAAAGCUUUCUGAAUGUCUAAAUACACAAAGGCUUGUCAACAGAGGACUCUGAAAGGCUAGCGAGAAAGGGGGGGGGACUCCCCAGGCCAGAAACCUAUUACGUCCACAAGAGGAGGGUGGGACCACAAAAGCACAAGUCUUGGGUGUCAGAGGCCACACACCCAGGCAUGUGCCACCCCCUCCUCUGUGGCGCUCUCACCCACCCCGGGUGGCACUACCCUCCCAGGAGACUGGGGGGGCUGAAGGAGGGGAAGAGGGCCUCUCAGAUGGGGGCACUGAGGCACCUGAGAGUGGGGGUUUCUGGCUUCUUUUAGGGCAAAAGCGAGUCUUUUGACUCCCACGUUGGCAUAACCUCCAAGUGUCUCGGUUUCUGAUUGGCUCCCAGAAUGUCCCACUUUUCCUUUUUCCAACCCUCCUUAUUUUUGGAAAAAAAUUAAAAAUGGUGUUGGUGUGUUGGUGCAAAAGUCCUGUUUGAAUUGACAAUAAAAUCCCUGCAUCAAAUGAAGGAAAUAGUGACACUGGCAUGUGAAACCUUUCCCAUGAUUUUGAAGGAGAAGGUCACCAAUCUGCUUUAAAUUCUUUAACUGCAAGGCUUCCACAGCCAGCCAUUUCUUAGGAAACAUGUGGAGUGUUCAUUCCUUUAUUGUAAAUGGAGCCUUACACUGUCUACUACUCAGAAGUAAGUCCCACUGUAUUCAGUGGAGCUUACUCCCAGGUAACUGGGUCCAGAUUGGGCAGCCUUCCACUGCAAUCCUAAGCAUUUUUACUUAGAAGUAAGUUCCACUUAGUCAAAUAGGAUUUAUUCUCUGGUAUGUUAUCGAUCGUGGGACGCGGGUGGCGCUGUGGGUUAAACCACAGAGCCUAAGACUUGGCAAUCAGAAGGUCAGCGGUUCGAAUCCCCAUGACGGGGUGAGCUCCCGUUGCUCGGUCUCAGCUCCAGCCCACCUAGCAGUUCAAAAGCACGUCAACGUGCAAGUAGAUAAAUAGGUACCGCUCCGGCGGGAAGGUGAACGGCCUUUCCGUGCGCUGCUCUGGUUCGCCAGAAGUGGCUUAGUCAUGCUGGCCACAUGACUCGGAAGCUGUACGCCGGCUCCCUCGGCCAGUAAAGCGAGAUGAGCGCCGCAACCCCAGAGUCGGCCACGACUGGACCUAAUGGUCAGGGGUCCCUUUACCUUUACCUUUUAUGUUAUCGAUCAUUCUCAUGUUUCCGUUGUUGUUGUUGUUGUUGUUGUUACAUCCUGUCUCUUUCUCUAACAGGGACUCAAGGCAGCUUACUGCUAAAAUUUUAUUUCGUUCCAUUUAUCCGUGGAAGGUGUUGCAUUUGAUCCCUUUCUUCACACAUUUGUUCUUUACAACAAUCCUGCGAGGUAGGAAACAUGCAACAUGCAGCUGUCCCCUCUGAGGAUUGAACCUGCAACCUUGGCAUUACCAACGCCACACUCUAACCAACUGAGCUAUCCACACAGUUGAUGGGCACAGCUGAGUGUCAGGCUCCCUGCCUGAGCUGAAGGCUCUGGGCCCGCUCCUCCACUUGAACCCAGGGCCUCGCCCUUCUCCUUCAGCCCCUGAAUCGGAGGCAGAGAAGGAACCUGCUAUUUUCCCCGCUUCCUCCCCCUGUGGCCUGGCCUGCGCUGAUAUCAGCCUGCGCUCCCUUUAUCAGACAGCAGAAAACGGGCCGGGCCCUGACUCUGUGGCAACUGCAGGCAGCUAGGCAGAGGCCUCUUCUAACCCUCUCCCCUUUCUCCCACAGGUGCCCCCCAGGCAGGCUGGCACGAUGCCCGCCUCGCGGCUGCAGCCCCUCUUCCCCCUCCUCCUGGCCUUCCUCGUCAGCUUGGCCCAGGCGGAUGAGCUGCUGGUGGCCACCCAGACCGGGCGGGUGCGUGGCAUCCGUGUGAGGGUACUGGAUGGCCAGGUCUCGGCCUUCCUAGGCAUUCCCUUUGCAGAGCCCCCCGUGGGCCCACGCCGCUUCCUGCGCCCGGAGCCGGUCAAGCCCUGGAGCCAUGAGCUGGACGCCUCGUCCUACCGGCACGCCUGCUACCAGGUGGUGGACAACACUUACCCUGGCUUCCACGGGACGGAGAUGUGGAACCCCAACCACAACAUGAGCGAGGACUGCCUCUACCUCAACGUCUGGGUGCCCUCUCCCCGCCCCAAAAACGCCACCGUCCUGGUCUGGAUCUACGGAGGCGGCUUCUACAGCGGCUCGUCCUCGCUGGACGUCUACGACGGGCGCUUCCUCACUUACACUCAGAACGUGGUCCUGGUCUCCAUCACUUACCGGGUGGGCGCCUUCGGCUUCCUGGCCCUGCUGGGCAGCCAGGAGGCCCCGGGCAACAUGGGCUUGCUGGACCAGCGCCUGGCGCUGCAGUGGGUCCAGAGCAACAUCCAGUUCUUCGGGGGCAACCCCAAGGCUGUCACCAUCUUUGGGGAGAGUGCCGGCGGUGCCUCGGUCAGCAUGCACCUCCUCUCGGCCCAGAGCCGGCCCCUCUUCCAACGGGCCAUCCUGCAAAGCGGGACGGCCAACGCUCCGUGGGCCACCAUCACCCCGGCAGAGAGCCGCCGGCGCGCCACGCUGCUGGGCAAGCGGGUGGGCUGCCACUUCACCAACGACUCUGAGCUGGUGAGCUGCCUGCGCACGAAGCACCCGCAAGAGCUGGUGGACGAGGAGUGGUCGGUGCUGCCCUACAAGAGCAUCUUCCGCUUCUCCUUUGUGCCCGUCAUCGACGGGGACUUCUUCCCGGACACCCCCGAGGCCAUGCUCAGCACGGGCAACUUCAAGGAGACGCAGGUGCUGCUGGGCGUGGUGAAGGACGAGGGCACCUACUUCCUCAUCUACGGGGCGCCCGGCUUCAGCAAGGACAACGAGAGCCUCAUCAGCCGAGAGGACUUCCUGGACGGCGUGCGCAUCGGGGUGCCGCACGCCAACGACAUCGCCGCCGAGGCCGUGGUGCUGCAGUACACGGACUGGGAGGACGAGGACAACCGCGAGAAGAACCGGGAGGCCAUGGACGACAUCGUGGGCGACCACAACGUCAUCUGCCCCGCCAUGCACUUUGCCCGGCGCUACGCCGAGCACGGCAACAAGGUCUACGCCUACUUCUUUGACCACCGCGCCUCCAACCUCAUGUGGCCGCUCUGGAUGGGCGUCCCGCACGGCUACGAGAUCGAGUUCGUCUUCGGGCUGCCGCUCAACGACAGCCUCAACUACACCCCCGAGGAGAAGGAGCUCAGCCGCAGGAUGAUGCGCUACUGGGUCAACUUUGCCCGCACAGGGUAACGAGGCUGGCGGAGGGGGCAGGCGGGGGCAGAGAAGGGAGGAGGCUGCCCUCCAAGGGAGGGAGGAAAGGGGGCAAAGUUCCUCCCCACUCAGGGGUGGCGGGGUGCAGGGGAGGGCCUUCUCUGUGGCGGCCCCUGAGCUGCGGGACUCACUCCCCACAGAGGUACACCUGGCCCCUUCAUUGCACAGCUUCCGGAGGAUGCUGGAGACGCACCUCUUUGCCCUGCCUUUUGGCACUUGAGGUGCAUAAAAUAAGGUGCACCUUAUUUUACAGCUGCUUUCUUGAACUGUUUUUAAUCUUGUGUUUUAAUGCUGAAAUCUGCCCUGCGACCAGGGCAGGUAUUUCAUUAAUUAGUUAAUUAAUUAAAUGUUUGAAGAAGCUGCCAGUGGGGUCGCAAACAGGGCCCUGGGCAUAGGUCAAUUGGGAGAAUGAAUUUUGGAAGAUUAUCAGAAUUCAAGUUUAUUUGCAGGACUUGGUUAGAUUUAUUUAUAUCCCCCACGCACACAACUAGAAAGAUGAAAAAUGUUCCUAGUUAUGGAUGGUGUUUGAUUGUCUGGCUGGUUUUAAGUGAGAAUUCCUGAUUGGGGCAAUCAGGAAUUGGCAAUAUUUCCUUAGUUUUGCUUUAUAUGUAGCAACCAGACUAUUCUGUCCCUCAGUAUAGAUAUUCAAAUUUCAAAAUGUUGACCCUUGACCAUGAUGAGAAAAACCUGGGUUUGAAAUUUAAAAUAUACAGACCCACCACUUUUGAUUUCUGCCCAGGUGUGUCUUGAGUCUGUGUGAGUUUGUCUGGGCAAACAGCAGGAAGAGAAGGGAUUAAUACAAAUCAGUCUCUGAGCAGCAAGGGACUCCAGCCGCUUCCCCAGGGCUCAGUUUCCUUGGAAUGAGGGACAGCAGACAUGGUUUUAGAAAAUGAUGGAGGGGAUCACAGUAUUAAGACCUCAACGGAUCUUGCUUCUCGGUUAGUCGCAGCUCUGCAUUCUGCACAGAGCAAGCAGGUCUCUGUGUCUCCAGCUUCUGGGCUGCUUCCAGCUCGGCUCACACACCUUCUCUGGCUCCUCCUAGGUGAGGGGACUAGAGGAAAGGCCCACCCAUCAGCCUGGAGGGCCCCUGCACUUAGUUGCAGCUCUUGCAACCUGGCCGGUUCUUUUGGGAUGUUGAGGAGGACACUUAAGCGGCCAGCUGAGGUCGUUGUCAUACAAAGAAACUUGUCUGACCAGUUCAGCAACAGAAUCUGCCAUGAAAUUCUAACCCUCCCUGGGUCCUGGACCCCAAGGCUUGGAAGGGACUCGAGGCAUCAUCCAGACUGACCCUCCCCCCCAUUAUACCUCAAACCCACAGCAGGGGAAAGGAGGAGAGCCAGGACUUAAAAGAACAAUGAAGCACUGAGCCAGAAUACUGGGCUAGUCCUGGCCCUGUACUGCUGUUGUUGUUUUGUGUACAGUGGACGCUCGGGUUGCAAACGUGAUCCAUGCAGGAUGCUCCUUCACAACCCACAGCAUUCGCAACCUGUGUCUGUGCAUGCGCAAAGCGCGAUUUAGCGCUUCUGUGCAUGCGUGACCGCCAAAACCCAGAAGUAACCCAUUCCAGUACUUCCAGGUUUCAGUGGUCCGUAACCCAAAAAAAUGCAACCUGAAGCAGCUGUAACCCGAGGUAUGACUGUACCGCCCUCCGUCCUUGGAUCUCAGGGCAGUUAACUGCAUAAAAAUACAAGAUAAAAACACCCAAACUGCAACAUCUGCUGCUAGCUUGACCCAAGCACAGAGGGCGGUGCAAGAAUUCCGGGGGGGGGGGCUGGUGCAGAAACUGACCGCUCACUCUCUCUCCCCACGCAGGAACCCCACGGACCCCUCAGACAAGGAGGAGUCCUGGCCCGUCUACAACCUGUCCGAUCAGCAGUACGUCAAGCUCAACACGCAGCCACUCAGCACCGACCGCAGCCUCCGGGCCCAGAUCUGCGCCUUCUGGAACCACUUCCUCCCCAAGCUCCUCAACGUGACCGGUGGGUCAGGGCCCCUGGCGGGGGGAGCCUCCUGAGAGUGGGCAGGGACAUUGGGGGGUGAGAAACAGGCAAAACACAACCCAGCCCAGGAAUUGGGCCGCUCCAUCGAAACAGAUGCAGAAAUUCCAGCCCCCUCCCCAGGUCUUCUUCAGGCGGCCCCUUGACCACCCCCCACCCGCCAAGUCUCCCCAAAUCCGAUCUUUUGCUUCCACCAAGAAUGACCUGCUUCUCCAGCCUCCUCUCUAUCUCUCUCUCUGUCUUGACCAAACUGACCUCUCACUACCACAGCAGAAGGUGAUGCGUUUGUGGUCAGCCCGUGGCUGCUGCCUCCUCCCUCCCUGCACCAUUGCAAUCUGGGGGAAUGGCAACUUUUCCAAUGAGUGUCGAGACGGGCCUUGCACCCCACACACCCCUCUCUCCCCUAUGCCCAAGGGUUUAACUCCUCAUUCUCUUCUCCCUUGUAGAGUCUUCCAGGCAUUGUGCUGAGUCCAGCUGGGGGCCCGGGGGGCCCUCCGCCCCACUGGUGGUCCUCUUCCUCCUCCUCCUCUUCCCCCCAUGGCACCUCCUGUCCUGAGCGCCCCACGGAUCCCACUGAGAGAAGGAGCAGGUGGAAGCCGCUGCUGCCUGCCGCAGACUGGCGGAGGGCUGGGCCUUGGCGGAGGGGGGCUCAGUCCAGCUGCUGCCGCUGCUGCUAUGCAUGAACCGGGAGGUCAAGAGGGGCGGCGUGGGAGCAGAAGGGCAGAGGGGUGGGCAGGAGGCAGGGACUCACUGGGCACGCAGCCCCACGGAAGCCCGCAGGCAGCAAAGACAGGCUGCCCUUUUGCCACUGCGGCGGAUUGACUUUGGGAGACAAAGACCCGUGAGCGAUCCAGCAUGGAUUUGAGGCGUGCUGCAAACUGGAAUGCGCCGUCUAGGCAACUGAGCCCCGCAGUUCUUCCCGAAACCAGCAUCUGGACCCGAGAGCCCAGCAGUGCUUCCCCUUUGGGCUUGGGGUAGAACAGAUGGAUUUCGGGAGCAGGACACACGAACGCAAAUUCAGAUUUCAGCAACUGAGUGGGGUGUUUCCACCCAGUUGCAGCAGGAUGGAGUGGAGGGUGUCUCUGGUUUUAAGGGCAAAGCAGACAGACUGGGAGACACUGAGCCCCUUCCCACCUUUUCCCAGUCCACCCCCCUCUCAGCACCACUGCCUGCCUUUGGGAAAAGCUUGGGGAGGGGGAGAGUGGCAGGGAGGUGAGCCAUUGUGUGAGGGAGCUCAGCACCCCCGACCCAGGCGCCCCAAACCAGACCUCCCACCCACCUUGCAGCAAAUGUCUGGUUCAGGCACAGUGUCAGGAUGAGUCAGGGUCUCUGUGUGUGUCUGUAUAGCUCGUUUUCAAUGGUUUUAUGGUUCUGCUCCUGUCUGGUGUUUUGUUGUUCUCGUUUCAUGUUCACAUGCUUGAAACUUUGUGGGUUGUGUGUUCCUGAGGUCCCUGUUUGGGGGAAUUGCAAUAAGAAUCAAUCAUUUCAAGCACACACAGUCUUUGGCGCUUUGCAAUUUGGGGGGAGGCGAGGCACGCAGCAAGUGGGAGAUCCACUCUUUCCAUCCGCUCUCCAACUGCAUGACCAGAGGGGAAAACAGAGGUGGGGGGUGAAGAGGAGGGUGUAUGGGUGUGUGCAUAAUGUGUCUGCAAAGGGGGGUUCAGGGAAGGCCUUUUGGGGUCAAGGGAGAGGCUGCAGGAGGAAGCAUGCUCCAUGUUCUGCUGGACUUAUAGGCACACAGAUAUUGGGGGGGGGGCUUCAUUCCAUGGUGGGUGAUCCCUUUCUCAGCCUGGCUGUGGCCCCGGACCCCUUUUCACAGGGGCUUCUUGGGGGCCACCAAAAUGCCAAUUGCAGAGAUGGCUGCAGCCUUGGUUGUGGGGAGUGUGUUAUAUGUGAAGUUUGGGGUCACCCAUCGUUUAGCCAAGGAGUCAGGGCUGUAAGAUGCGGUUCGGAGGCAAGGCACAUAGAUAGAUAGAUAGAUAGAUAGAUAGAUAGAUAGAUAGAUACCGUAUGUUCUGGUGUAUAAGACAACUUUUUAACCCAGGAAAAUCUUCUCCAAAGUCGGGGGUCAUUUUAUAGGUCGGGUAUGGUUGUGGCGACGCGGAGCCACCUGUUGGGAAGGAGGAGAGGGAGCCGGUGAGCACAACCCGCCGCUUUGCUGGAUGGCCGAUCGGGGCUCGCUCACCUCGCCUCGGGCUGCUGCUGCUGCUGCGAUGGCAGAGGCAGCGGAGGGGUGCGCGCACUGCCCCUGGCGGCGCUUGGUGGGCUUUAGGUUGGGGGGCUCCGGCCUGUGCCUGCUCCUCGCCUCGCCUUGCCGAGGGUCUGGCAGCUCUGGGCCCGUCUCCCUCGCUCCAAGGAGUGGCGAGCAAAGCGGCGUCCGGAGCCAGAGCUCGGGGUCCACGCUGUGGUCUGCGGCAGGGCUCGAGGGCGCACGGCUUUUCUUGGUGCACGGACUCACCACCUCGUCCCAAACCACAAACAUGGCAAGAGGGACACGGAGUGUGCGGGGAGCCCGCCAGGGGCGCCACCAGGCCCGGCGUUGUGUGGGGUGGCGGCGGCAGCCGGCCAGUCCCCACCCCUUCCUCUCCGCCCCCACCCCACGAGGAAGACCAGAAACGGGUGGGGGUAGUCUUAUACGGCGAGUAUAUCCCAAACUCUAUAUUUUAACUGGAAAAGUUGGGGGUCAUCUUAUACGCCCAGUCGUCUUAUACGCCGGAAAAUAUGGUAGGUAGGUAGGUAGAGAUAGAUAGAGACAUGUCCAUCCUCCAGCCCAGAAAAUAAAUGGAGCUGAGUGAUGAACCUCCAAGCUCCUGGACCGCAGAUCAUGCUCUUAACCGCAAUGCUGCCGCAGCUGUCUUUAGCUUGCUAAUGCUAACCAUCUCUUUCUUACAUGGGUGUCCUCAGUGCAUCUCCCCCACCCUCAAUAAAUCUUCUGCCUGGUCCACCCAAAGACUCCCCUCCCAGCCCCAGAGCUCUGAGUCAAAAUCAAACUGCCCCCCUUUCAGAUCCUUCUAGGAAGCCACCCCAAGAGGCUUCCCACCCAGUGGCAAUGCAUUCCACAGGCUAGCGGCAGGUGCAUGAUGGAAGGGAAGCUACCUCCUGCCAGUGAGAGAGGUGCAGUGGUUACAGCACUGGAUUAUUAUUAUUUAUUUUAUUUUAUUUAUGAAAUUUGUAUAUCGCCCCUUCAUGGACUCUCCUUCGUUGGAGGCUUUUGAGCAGCGGUUGGGUAGCCUUCUCUCAGGGAUUCUUCAGCUGGGAUUCCUGCCUUGCAGGGGGUUGGGCUGGAUGACCCUCGGGGUCCCUUCCAACUCUAAAAUUCCAGGAUUCAUUGGAGGUUUUUAAGCAGAGCUUGGCUAGCCGUCUGUCAGGGAUUCUUGAGUGGGGAGUCCUGCAUUGCAUUCCUAGCCAUGAAGCCCACCAGGGUGACUUUGGGGCAGUUACUACGUCUCAGGCCAACUUUGUCUUCGUGAGGAUAGAAUUGGGGGCGGACAGAGUCAGGCAGGCUGCUCUGGAGAAAAGUUUAAAAAGGUGAACUUCACAGUGAAAUCUCUGCUGGAGGAACCCACGUUCCCCUGUCCAAUUUGUACACCGAGUCUCUGGGUUUCAUGGAAUUGUAGAGCUGGAAGGGACCCAAAGGGUCAUCUAGCCCAACCCCCUGAUAAAGCUACAUUCAUCACUGGAAAUCAUCACUUGAGGGGAAAAGGUCCCUGAGGCAGAGGUGCUGUGAGCCAGGCCACCUCCUCAAUCGCAGCAGGAGAGACACAAAUGUCCCCUCCUCUGCAAGGUAGAGGACGAUGGAAGGAGGAAGAAGAGGCCAGCAUCCCUAAGAGGUAUCAGCCUAGUAGGAGGGAAAGUCAUGGCGAGAGGAUGAGGUCAGGAGAGAAGCUGGGGGGCUCCAUCUCCCCCUGGCCACGCAGGGCCCACCCCCCUCAGUGGAAGCCGAAUUGCACCCUUAAAACUCCCCACAGACAGAGGGACAAGAGAGAUGGAGGAAUAUGUCUCCGUCUGACCCCAGGUGUGGAGUCUGGGGCUCUGCAGUGGGGAGGGGGCUUUGGAGCCUGGUGAGUCUGCAUUCCCCCCCCCCCCCCCCGCAAAUGCGCUUUGGCCUCUUGGCAGCUCUUCCUGCCGCUUAACUCUAUUUCCUUUCUCCUCCUUUCUCUCUCCUUCCCUUCCGCCCUUCUUGCUUCCCCCCCAGACAACAUCGAGGAGGCCGAGCGCCAGUGGAAGCUGGAGUUCCACCUCUGGAGCGCCUACAUGAUGCACUGGAAAAGCCAGUUCGACCACUACAGCAAACAGGACCGGUGCUCAGAGCUGUGA